GGGAUAGUAGUGGGCGUGGUGCUGAUCCGACCCGAAAUGCUCAGUGCCAAGAAUAGGGCUUUUGUUUCCCCCAGAAAACUAAGAAGAUGUUUUUCGUCAAAACAGGAGUAUACAGAGAUUACCAAGGAAGAUGGUGUUUUCAUGGUGGAGAUAAAUCGCCCCGAAGUUAGAAACUGUGUAAACCAUGGGACUGCUGCAGAGUUACACAGGGCCUUUAUGAUGUUUGAAGAGACUGAAGAGUGUGGUGUCGCUGUACUGUCUGGUAGAGGAGGACACUUUUGUGCUGGCUAUGAUCUAAAGGAGCUAGCUGGGACAUCAGUUGCGAGUAUUCUUGGAAAAUAUGAACUGGGACCAGCUCCAAUGGGGCCAACACACCUUACUAGGUUAAGUAAGCCAGUGAUAGCUGCAGUGAGUGGAUAUGCAGUGGCUGGUGGGCUAGAGUUGGCCCUUAUGUGUGACAUGAGAGUGGUGGAAGAGACUGCUACUUUUGGAGUUUUCUGCCGUCGGUUCGGGGUCCCACUCAUGGACGGUGGUACAGUGAGACUACAUCAAUUGAUUGGCCUCUCUCGGGCUAUGGAUAUGAUCCUAACUGGAAGACCAGUGGAUGCCAAGGAAGCAUACAGUUUUGGUAUACUAUAGUCUUCAAAAGUAGUUAGCUAUGUGACCUACCUACGUUUUGGGGUUAAUGAUCAUCACAACCUUUUGUUGGAGAACUUAACCAUGAUGCUUUGCUCACCAGUUGUAUCCAAUAGUUGCUAUAGUGUACAGUUUUUGGUUUUCAUAAUUAUGCAUUUUGACAUUUUAUAGGCCUUGCAAACAGAAUUGUUCAACAUGGAAAGUCUCUCUCUGAAGCCAAACUGCUAGCAAGGCAGCUGCUGUCAUUUCCUCAGCUCUGUCUUCGUCAAGACCGUCGGUCCGCGUAUGAUUCUGCCUAUUCUGGCCUGACUCAAGAAGACCAUUUGAGAAAGGAAUUUGAAGAAGCAAAGAGUGUUUUAGAAAAGGAAUCUGUUCAAGGAGCAGAAAGAUUUUCUUCUGGGGAAGGAAGAGGAGGCAAAUUUAAUUUAUAGGUUUUACUGACUGUACUGCGACUGUUAAAAUUGGUGAUUGGAAGACGCAGUGUUCAAUAUAGUGUGUUGUUGUGAAGUGGAAAAAUCAUUUCUGUGAAAUGAAAGGGGAUGUCGGGAU